AUGUGCAGAAUUCGGUUGUUGACAUGGUCCAAAGCCGAUGAUCAUCCUUCGGCAAAAGUUCUCGGUACAGAUUUGUCACCAAAUCAACCUGACUUAAGCGUUCCACCAAACCUAUCUUUCAUGAUCGAUGAUGCUACAGAAGAAUGGAUCUUCAAUAAUCAUUUCGACUUUAUUCACUCAUGUCAAUGGCAUUGCGCCGUGGAAGAGAGGAGGUUGAUGGCGCAGGCUCUCGAACACAUCAAACCCGGAGGCUGGUUAGCAAUGCAAGAGCUCUGCAUUCCUGCCCGCUGUGACGACGGCUCAAAGUGGAUGAUGGCUGCAGGCUUCACCGAUGUGCAUUCCUCGCUGUACAAGUGGCCGUCAAACACUUGGCCAAAAAGAGAGAAGGAGAAGACACUUGGGCUAUGGAAUAUGGUGAACACGCUCGAUGGAGUAGAGGUAUUGGGCUGGCAGCCGGAAGAGGCUCAAUUGUUUCUGGCCGGGGUGAGGAAGGACACCAAGAAUAAGAAGUUGCAUAACUAUUGGCCGAUAUCCGUCUUGCAUCCAUUUAAAAAAGCCAGAGUAGUCGAGGAUCAAUGUUUUCAGCCAAUGAAGCACAAGGGGAAUAACAUCUGUUCCACCGGACAGCGUCAGGCAUUGCCACGUGACCAAAAAGACCAGCCCAGCUGA